AUGUCGGGAAACGGGUUGGUUCCCAAUCUCUGGAGGUUACUGAACGCGGAGGAGCGGCAGAGGACUCCGAGUCCAUUUGAACGUCUUCGCCAGCAAAUGAACGAUGUCUUGGGAGAUGGAGGGAUCCUGAAGGAGGUGGUCCAACCUGGAGAGGGCUCACCUGUACCCCAGAAUGCUUCAGUAUUGAUCCAUUACUCUGGUUUUCUGGAAUAUUCUGACAAGCCUUUUGAAACUACCACAAACUUCAAGUACCCCCGAAUGAUGAAGUUAGGGAGAGAUGUGACACUGGCCGGGCUGGAGCUGGGUCUUUUGACCAUGAAAAAAGGAGAGUUCUCUCGUUUCCUCUUCCAGCCUCAGUAUGCAUACGGCAACAUGGGUUGUCCUCCAUUCAUUCCUGCUGCUGCUGUGGUUCUGUAUGAGGUUCAGAUCCUUGACUUCCUCGACUCGGGACAAGUGGAUGACUUUAUUGCACUGAGUCCGGAAGAGCAGAACACAGUUCCUCUGUCCACACUUCUCGAAGUUGUCAACACAGUACGCUGCUUUGGCAACCGUUGCUUCAAACAGAGCCGUUAUGAAAACGCCAAAGAUCGCUACAAACAGGCAGUGGUGCUGCUGGGGAACAGGGAGACACAGAGCGAUGCAGAGAAGGAGAGGAUAAAGACAGCACAGCUUCCUGUCUAUCUGAACCUUUCUCUCACUGAGCUCCGCCUGGCCAGCCCACACAAAGCCCUGAAAUAUGGCAAGAAAGCCUUAGAGAUAGACUCUGCCAACACAAAGGCUCUGUUCCGCUGCGGACAGGCAUAUAUGGAGCUGCAUGAGUACGAGAGCGCUCAGGGUUUCCUCAUAACCGCUCAGUCAAAGAAGCCCUUUGACAGCGACAUCAACAACCUACUGAGCAGAGUGGCAAUAUGCUACAAAGAAAGCUUGGACAAGCAGAAAGACAUGUACUCUAAGAUGUUCAGAGACAUGAGGGGCAAGUAAAGAUGUAAAAAGGCUCAGCUGACUUCAUGAGGGCCUAAUGGUUGUUCCUGAUCAAUUACCUGAUCUUGGGGCCCUGUUUUGAAGAGGAUCCCUGUGAUCAAGUUUUUCAUGUUUUUUCUACAGUUUGUGUUAAUAGGUUGCAUAUUGUUGUAUAAUUUCCUUUUGUCAACAUGAUAAGUGGGUCGUUUAAUGAAUGACCAUCAAUUAAAUUUUUUUUCAUUCUUUUCUCAGACGUCUUGUGACAAAGCUUCUUGAAUCAACAGAGGGCAGUUCUAUCUAACUUUAUAAAUAUUUAUAGCCAGCACCCAUUAAGUCCACAGAUAAAGUGCAGGAAGUUUGGCUCUGGGUAAAACAGCUCGGAUGUGGUCAAACAAAUAUAACAACAGGACUGAUCUGAUUUUCAAGGGGGGUCACAAAGCAGGAUUAUGGAGCUCAAUUUUGCUACAAGGCAUGUAAUUUAUGCCUCUUGUGACCCGUUAGACAGCACUCUGU